CGUAGGCUUGGGUGUCGUUUCAUUGAUCGUAGUCGACGAGAUGGAAUUGACGGUAAAGCCUGUUCCUGGUAGCGUGGUAUUUCGGAAAAAUAUGUACGACAAUGGUACGGGUGAUGGACGAAUGUUGCAUCACAAUCAUGUUCUCUUCAAUCAUGAAUUGACCCAGCUCAUGUAUCAGAUGUCACCAUUUCCCUGUCUAUGGACUUCCCAAAGGUUCUGAAGAGUAUUCUCGACUUCGCGCAGGCUUGAGAGAUUGAAGAUCCGGUAUGAAAGUGUGACUGAAGUUCUUUCCAGGCGUCCAGAUACAGGAAUACCUAGUGUCGACGAUUCAUCUCGAUGCUAUGAAAAUGUUCAGGCAGGCAGCAGGUGGUGGAGGCCCGCACACCACUCGUCGCGAUAUCCGAUGUAUUACGACCAAGGUACAGUCUGGUGUUUCGGGACUCGUGAACCUGUUGUUUUCUCUGAAUUCAAAUAGUGCGUUAAGCGCCAUGACUGCUGACUCGAAUCCGAAGAACUUGUCGUUUCCAACUUAGUCGUGUCGUCGAACCGGCCUGCGUUGUUGAUUCGAAGCUUGGCUACAUGGAUCAGACCAGUCCACCGGCUGGUGGUUCCACAUCUUGUAGCAAUGGCAAGGUACGUGAAGGAGCUGACACCAAACCCUGUGUAUUAGGAGGAUCCAAGUAAUGUGAGUCCUUGAUGGAGGCAUGAUCUUUUGAAGUGGAGCAUAGUACCUCUUCUUGCCGC